AUGGACCCGAUCAAGUUCGUCUUCGAAAAGCCCAUAGUAACAAGACGAGUUGCACAGUGGCAAAUGUUGUUGACUGAAUAUGAUAUCACCUAUGUGACCCGAAAAGCUAUUAAAGGAAGCGUCAUUGCGGAGUAUCUGGCAUAUAGAGUUGUGGAGGACGACCAGCCAAUGGAGUUUGACUUCCUAGAUAAGGAUAUCGAUUCGAUAAGCCAAGAAGAAGAAGAUUACAAAGGAUGGAUGAUGUUAUUUAAUGGGGUGGUCAAUGUGUGGGGACAUGGAAUAGGAACCAUACUCAUACCACCAGAAACGAAACUUUAUCCAGUUGUUGCCAAGCUGACUUUUCUAUGCACCAAUAACAUGGCAGGAUACGAAGCAUGUAUAUUGGGUUUACAGGUUGCCAUGGACCAAGAUAUCAAAGAAUUAGUCCUGAAGGGAGACUCAACCUUGGUCGUUCAUCAAGUGACGGGAGAAUGGGAAACCUAG